AUGUCUUUUCCUAAUGACCGGCGCCGCCGCGGCGGAGCCGGCACUGGUUUCAGCUCAACAGGUGCACGAACUGCCAUGGGGUAUUGGCUCCCCCUAGCCCUGACAGCUGGAAUUGCAACAGUUAGCAUUGCAGCCUGGAUGUGGAGUGAAAGAAACGACGAAGACGACGAAGACGACGACCGCCCCCACGACGGAGAGGGUGUCUACCCGCCCCAGGCCCCGGGAAGUGACCACCCCCGCCUUCAUACGCUACCGGAGAUUAUGCCCGGAGCACAGCUCCAGAAGCAACUCCUGGAGACACUUCAUACGAUCAUGAUAUUCGAUGGCGCUAGCAAGAGGGUUGUAGCCGGUGUCACCGCCGCUGGUGCGUUUGUGGGCGGCGCCCUCACUUCUAUUCGUGAGGAUAAUAAAGGCGAAGGUGACUUCGAGGACCACUCUAGGUGGUCGGAGGAGGCCCGAGCUAGAGCUCACGAGCGAAGUCAACAAGGAGCAGUUGCGCCAACAAUGAGCGGUGGAUUACCAGGCCGUGCAGUGAACCAUCCUGACAAGAAGAAGAAAACGGUCGUGAUUGUUGUCUCGUCGAUUUCGUCAGCUGACUCGGAUGAAUAUGCUUCUGAGCAUGCGUCUAUUCUAUCCCAUCUCCCCGAGCACGUUGAUCUGGAGGACUCCAAAAUCUUUGUAUUGAUUUAUGCGCCGGACUUGAAACAUGCCAUCACCAAAGGUGGCUCAUCCCGACCCACUGUCUCCAUCGCCUCGUCGUACUCGAACAUUGCCACCGAAGAAGCAGCAUCUUCCGAGGACCUGACAACUGGGAACCUGACCUCAGUAGAACCCCGCCAGGAGGACGAAAUGGCAGGCACAUCUCGCUUCUUCAGAACGUUGUACACACAAGCUCAAACCCUAGUCGACAAGGAUAGUAUGAUCAUGCCCUUCAGCACUGCCGGCGGCUUUGUGCAUCUCGUCCGCCACCUUUCCCCAGAUCUCCAUAUCGCUGGUUGGGUUCGCCAGGUCAUUGUCGUUGUUGGAGACGAGGGUGGUCGUGGUGGACUCAUCGACAGUGAUGACGAGUCCGCACUCGGCGAGAAGGACGAUAAAUGGUGGCAAAAAGAAGGGAUCACAGGAAUUGGGAAGCGCAUUGAUGUGGUUGACGUUGUCCGGGUUGGAGAUGACUGGCGACGACGGGUGCGUGGUUUGGACUAG